AUGGCUAGUGGUCGGAUCUUCCGCUGUUGUUUUUGUCAGAAUUUUCUGUGUGAGGAUGAUCAGUUCGAACAUCAGGCGAGUUGUCAGCAACUCGACAGUGAAAACUAUAAAUGUAUGUCGUGCAAUCGUCUCGGACAGUUCACGUGCAUGCGAUGUAAAAUUUGUUUCUGUGAUGAUCACGUUCGCAGGAAAGGUUUCAAAUACGAUAAAACGAUGAAGGAAUUACCAUGCCCGAAGUGUAAUUACCCUACAAGUGAAACGAAAGAUUUCAGCGUCUCUGCUCGUCAUCAUGCGUACGGCCGACAAACUGGAGCGAUGUUUGACGAUGAUGAUGAGGGCGGAUACGGUGGAGCUUAUGCUGCUGGUUCUUCCGCUUACUAUGGAUCGUUCGUUUUCUUCGUUGUUUCUUUCAGCUUCAUCCGAGGAGUGGAUUGA